GGGCUCUGCCUGAGAGUCGCUUGCUUUGCUUCCGAGGGCUCGCUGAGUUGGUCCCGCGACCGCCCAGACCCAUCCUGCCCGCCUGCCUUUCUCGGACAUAUACAUUGUCCCUCCGCUGACUAAUCCAUGUGCCACAACCUUUCCCGCCACCAUCGCCAUCCCGCAUGAGCGUUUCCACCGCCGCCAACCCCCUCGCAGGACCGUCCCCGCUCAAGGACAUCAUUCGUCCCUCUUUCCACCAGAACAACUUUGCAGAGGAGACAUACGUCAAGAACGAGCUCGGCAUCAAGCUCGACAAAGAUGAUCAAAUUUGUCGCUUGAAUCUCACGGCAGCCGGUUGUCCGCUAGGCCCCCUACAUUGCCCGCUAAGACACACCGCACCGUCGACGCAGAAUUUCCAGCCGCCAAAGCAGCUGCCCACACGUCCCCGUGAGCGGGAGCGUCUUGCCACCGUCUGCAAGCACUGGCUGCGCGGCCUAUGCAAGAAGGGCGAUGCAUGCGAGUUCCUGCACGAGUACAACCUGAGACGCAUGCCCGAAUGCUGGUGGUAUGCCCAUUACGGUUAUUGUUCCGCUGGAGAUGAGUGCUUGUAUGCCCAUGCUAAGGAACGCCGAGUGGAGUGCCCAGACUACAACAGAGGGUUCUGCAAACUUGGCCCGACUUGCCCGCGCAAACACGUCCGGCGCGUCGCGUGUCAGCUAUAUCUGACCGGAUUCUGCCCAUUGGGUGCUGAAUGCCCUCGUGGCCACCCAAAACCGGGUCUGCCGCCGCCGGAGGCAUAUGAGCCACCACCGCGACCGUCUAUUCGCGAUCUUGGACCGCCUCCUCCGGGUUACGGUAGGUACGCAGACUUCGACCGUCCUUUCGGCCCAGCACCAGGCGCUGGCGGUUCUGGAGGUCCGCCGGGGCCCCGCAGAAACAUCGAUGAAGUGGUCUGCUUCAGAUGUGGUGAGAAGGGUCAUUAUGCAAAUCACUGCAUGAACUCGAUGCGUAAACGAUGACGAUUGUACGCGGAGUUGUUACGGCCUUGAGCAUUAUCUUUGUAUGAUUUGUGUUAGUUUGGAGCAAUGCCAUGCGUGUUUCAUGCGCUUCUUCACGUU